UUGUGUACGUCAUUUCCGGUCGUCGCUGCUACCUGAAAUGUGGCAAAGAUUCAACAAACUCUAUGAAAGACAGAAAUAAAAAGUUAAACCGGGCCAUGAAAGUGAGCGUAGCGGCGUUAGAGCAGUGAGAACAGAACCAGGAACGGUUCCUGUUUCUGUCAGAGUCAGAAUCCACCGACGAACCUUUUACUCGCGUUAGCCCGAUUAGUAACAGGAUUAGUUAUUAAUUAGCUGCUGAUGCUAACGGGAGGCUACAUGGCUGAGAGGAGGAGCUGCUGAAGGAUGCUCCAGGGGCCCUACAGCAGCCUGGACCGGGACCGGACCCUCAUCCGGUUGCCCUUCACCAGUUUUGCCGUGGGGACGGUUCUGCUGCCCCUGACCGGCCUCAUCGCCUGCCUCUUCAUAUCCCUCAUCUACCACUUUGAGGACUCCACAUACACUCACUGUCAAGUCUCUAACUACCUCCCGUCCAUCAGCAGCGCCAUCAGCCGAGUCCCAGAGCGCUACAUCUGGAGAGGAUGCAUCGGGCUCCACUCGGCGCCGCGUUACCUGGUGGCCGCCGCCUACUUCAGCUUCUACCGCGGCCGCUUCGCUAACCGGCUGCCGGAGCGGCUGCUGAGCGUCCUGGCGCUGGGCUGCAGCCUGGCGGAGAACACGGGCCUGAUGCUGCUCACAUACGUGUCGUCCACCGAGACCUACAGCGUCCACAAAUACGGCUUCGUCACGUUCAUAGUCUUUUCACUGCUGCACAUGCUGAUCACCUGGCGGCUGUGGUACGUCAUCAAGAGACAGGACAUGAACCCGGAGGAAACGACGUCGUACGUCUGGAAGCGGCGUCUCGUCCUGUUUAACGUCAGCUGUUGUCUGGCCGCCGCCUACUUCUUCAGACGCCACAACAACUACUGUGAGGACGGCGUCUACACCCUGUUUGCCUUCUUCGAGUACCUGGUGGUCUUCUCCAACAUGGCCUUCCACAUGACGGCCUUCUGGGACUUCGGGAGCAAAGAGGUGACGGUGGCCACGCCGCCGGAGGACAAGAGAUACUGACCGGCCUUUUUCCAGCAGCGCUCCAGGUGAGAAUAAACCUGGGAUCAUUCCAACAAACUCCUCCCAGCUCCCGGUUAGCACGGCUAGCACGGCUAGCACGGUUAGCACGGUUAGCACGGAGCUAAAGAAGAAGGAUCCAGGAGGAGGAUGUCUCAUCAGGACAACGUGACGCCAGCUUCAUGACAUCUUCUAAGUGUUUCAUCUUUUUUAAAGAUAUUUAAUCUGAUUUAAUUUUAUCGACAUUGAACUGGAGCUAGCCUCAGCUAAUGUGGCUAUAGUUAGCCUAGCCGCCUAGCUACUGUUUGACAGAGCUUCAGCUAUGUCCUGUCAGAACCCCGGGAAGAAUUCACAAAGUGUCAAAGUUAGAAUUAAGCUAAAGAGCAAUUUUUCAAUAAAACUGACACCUAUAAGAAAUGUUUCCACCAGGGGGCGCUCCGAUCUAGCCCCUCCCAUCUAGGGCCUGUAUGAAGUGGCUAAGCUAAUGUUUGGCUAAUGUUGUGGCUAAUGUUGUGGCUAAUCGUAGCUGGAUGUUUCACAAACAUGAAAUGAGACGCAUCAAGUUCUGUAAACUGAAAAUGUUUAUAUCAAGUUUAUAUUUAAAAAAUAAAUUAUUAUUCUUCACUAAA